AACAAUAACAACAACAGCAUUAACAGAAAGCGGCAGCAGCAGCAGCAGCAAUCAUAUUAAAACUACAAAUGCCUAAAAUAAUUCAAUUUUUUUGCAAUACACUGCAGACAUGCAGUCAGCGCUUGUAUGUCCCCUGAAAUCAAACUGUGAAAACAACUACCACAACAAACUAAAUAAUCAAUAAGAAAAGAAAAUCCAGAUAAAUCGAAAGGAAGCAAAAGGAGAUAAUCAACGAGACAGAGCGAGAGAGAGGAGUGGUGAGAGAGAGAGAGACCGUGAGAGAGAGAGAGAGAGAGAGUGAGAGGAAGCCAUGGCCAGCGAGGAUGUGCAGAUCACCAGCGUCAUCGAUGCCAAUGGCCAAACUUUGCCCGUUCAUGGCAUCGGCUUCGGCGGUCCACCUGCUCCGCCUGUCAAACAGGAGCGUCCCGAUGAAGGCGAAAUCCGCGAGUUGGCCGCCAAAAUGAAGGAACAACAAAAGCAACAGGCCGCCCAGCAGGCAUCCCGUCAAGCGGCAAUGCAGCAGCACUCGAAUGGUGGCAAUGCUGGCCAAAUGCAACCGCCAAUUACCAAUGGUAACGGUCAGACGAAUAUCAUGAGCUACCUGUCGCGCCAUCAGAAGCUACCCAAUGGCACCAUGCAAGUGGUACCGGCCUUAACCGGCAACGUAAAUGGCGUCCGUCCCAAUGGCGCCACUGCAGAUGCCGCUAAGGCAGCCGCCGCAGCGGAAACAAAAUCCGGACCCUGCGACGAAGAAUCCAUUAUGGGACACUUUGGCUGGGCCCAAUUUGGUAAAGUCUCCAUACCGUAUAUUUACCGGCAAUCGGAGAAAUACUGCUCGGUGCGCAUGAUUGAACUGAAGCUGCUGGGCAAAUACCUCAACUGCCUGCAUCCGGAUAUCUACUCCAGCUGCACAUGCGUCCGUAGCUACUAUAUAACGGAUGCCGAAGCCCGUCUCUUUAUUGAGAUCAAUCACAAGCAUUGUGAUGGUGAAUUUGGACGUGAUAUUUUCACCCAAAAGGAUCUGGUUGUGCGUUUAAGCGAUGCCAGUAAAUUCUAUCAAUUUCUGGAUAUUUGCUAUCGCAAAUUGGUCUCCGGCAGCAAGACACCAUCGGAGAAAUGUGGCUUCAUACGGAUCAAUAAGGAAUCUGUUGUCCCGUAUACAGUACGGAAUAGCCAGCAAGUUGUACCGCUCUUCUAUUUUGAAGGCGAAACGGAGAAUUUGAAGACAAAGGCUGAACUCCUUAAUGGCUGGGAUUUGGCCUAUUUGAAGUUCUGCUGCAAGGUCCAGGGCAUUCGUAAUGAGCUCUUCUCCAGCGAGAAUGUGGCCGUCAUUUCGCUGACUGACAUCAAGAGUUACUUCCCCAAUGGGACCGAAUUUGAGGAUUACUGGCCCAGCAAGGUGGUCGAUUCGAAUCUCCUGAUUGGCAAUCGUGCUAAUGUCAAUAAUUCGGUCAAUUGGACACGCCAGCCCUCGGCACCACCGCCAAAGAUAACAACAAGCUCAAGCUCCGGUUCGGGAUCGGGCUCGGGAGGCGGCAACAAUGCCAGUGGACUGAGCAAUUCCUCAUCCUCUGGCGGCGGUCAGGUGCAGUCCAAGUCGCAGCAACAGCAGCAGCAUGCCUCAGCAGUGACAGCAGCUGCGGCAGCCCAACAGCAGCAUCUGAUGAAGCAACGCGCAGCCGCAGCGGCCGCUGCGGCCAAUGCCAACGGUGGAGGUGGCGGCGGGGGCGGUGUACCCAAUGCUGCCAAUAGCUUUGGGGCAUCCCAGGCCGCAGCAGCAGCGGCAGCGGCCUUCAACUCACAGGCAGCGGUAGCGGCAGCCGCAUCGGCGGCAAUGCUCUCCCAAUCGCAGAGCAAUAACCGUAUGCUAUCGCAGGCCACCGUUCAGGCGCUGGCCAGCAGCGGUUGGAUGUCCGGACAGAGUAACCUGCAGCUUCAUGCCCAGAUGAUGCAGACACAUGCAAAUGCUAAUCGCGUGGGCAGCUAUCGUGAGCACAUGAAUAACCUAAUGAUGAGCGGCAGCAGCCGUCAACCGUAUUCCUACAAUAAUCCUGCGAUCUCCAUGUCCUCGGUGAACAGUCACAGCGGUGGUGGUGGUAAUGCUCCACCGCCACUCGUCCGUUCGGCAGCGGGACAGAAUGCUAACCAUUUGUCAAAUGUCGAGCUGGUUCAACAACAACAACAACAGACUCAACACCAACAACAACAACCGCAACAACAACGACACCAGAACAGCACUUACAACAAUCAACAACAACUCCAACACUCUUCUUCACACAACAACAACAACAGUAGUAACAACAACCAUCACCAACAUCACCAACACCAUCACCAACAUCAUCACCAUCAUCAUGCCUUAGCCAAAAGCAACCACAUGAACGGUGGUGUUGGCAACUCCUCCUCAUCAAACUCUCCUGCUGCAAAUUCAUCAACAGCCGCUGCUGCAGCGGUUGCCGUAGCCGCUGGCUAUGUUCAGGCUCUGCUUGGAGGCGGCAAUGCAGGCAGUGGAACAGGAACUGGUGCUGGCGGAACAGGAGCCGGUGGAACAGGAACAGCCGGAACAGGUGCUUCCUUCAACUACAACCUGCCAUCGACACGUGCGGAUUACACCAAUCUAGCGUUGUGGAAUCAACUGACACCCGCCCAGCGUUUGCUAUUCAGUCAGCAGUUAAAGGGAGGAGGAGGAGGUGGUGGCAAUACACCAGGCCUAGGAGGAGGUGGAGGAGGAGCUGGAGGAGGCGGAGGCAGCAAUAAGAACUUUCCCGCAUUACCCUCACUACCCCUAGACACGGAUUUAAUCACUAUGCUGGAUUACAAUAAUCCAAAUAAAGUGAACAAGUCAAAGGGAAUGAGUAAUAAUAAUAACAACAAUAAUGUGGUUACAUUUACGAAACCCAUUGUGCCGCCCCUGAUCUCCGAUGGCGGUGGUUCUGCUGAGAUAAGUCUGACCAAGAGCGGCAGCCGAAGUAGUAGCAGUAGCAGCAGUCGAGGUGAAGCUCCUCCUGCAGUGGCCAGUGGCACCACCAUACCCUUGAACUCCACGCAGGCCCUGGAGGAUUUUGCCAAAAAGUGCACUGUGAUGACGGAUGAGAUGCGUGCGGUUAUCCAAAAGGUGCUGGCCAAUCCGGAUCUCUCGACAUUUAUACAAACAAAUAAUAGCAGCGGAGGCGGAGGAGCAGGUGCUGGAGGUGGUGGUCACAUGCUACCAUCGUAUAUAUCACCGCCAAUGUCACCGGCAAUGGGUGGAGCCGGACUAAGUAAUGUGGCCACUCUAACCUUAGCCUCCAAUCCGAAUGUGACAAUAACGCCACAAUUGCCACCAGGACAUUUUCUCCACUCGCCCUCGAGUUCAUGUUCCAGCUCCAGUGCAUCCAAUACGGCAGCGAGUCCAUUGAGUAGCGGCGGUAAUGGUGGAAGCGCCAAUCUAGGUUUAGGUUUAGGAUUAGGUAUAGGAAUAGGUAGUAACAUUAGCGGAGGAGGUGCAACAGCUGCCGGGAGCAACAGUAACAACAGUAGCAGCAGCGGCGGUGGUCGCCAAAAGAGUGUGAUUUGUUCCACCAAAAGCAAUAGCCUGCCCAUGGCCAUACUCUCGCUGGCCGGGAAUAAUCAUGGGAAUGGGAAUGGGAAUGGUAAUAAUCAUAAUCCUGCGGGAAUGGGGCGUCGCAACAACAACAACAGCCACAACAACAAUUAUGGUCGUCAGUCACACAGCCACAGCAAUAGUACUAAUAGUAAUAGCCAUAACACACAAUCCACAAUCAGCACACAACAAUCCACAGUUACACCCACUGACGUUAUCGAUCUGUCCUCCUCUCGAAGGUCACUGGCAGCCUCGGCAGCCUACCUGCAACAGCACUCAUCCGCCGUGGUGGCCCAGCAGCAGCAACAAGCAGCAGCGGCCGUGGCACAGCAACAGCGUAUUGCCGCCGCAGUGGCACAUCAUGCCCAGCAUGUCCAGCAAAAUGGACGCAGUUCCGGUAACUCCAAUUCAAAUUCCAGUGGAGCCAAUGGUAAUAAUUCAUCAAGUGGUAAUAAUAAUGCUGGUAGCGGUAAUUCCUCAUCCACUGGUAAUGGUUCCACUGGUAACUCAUCCAAUUCGGGCUCAGGUGGCUCCUCGAACAGUGCCUCGAUGCAUCUGCAAAGGCAUGCGGCACUGGCGGCAGCCGCUGCGGCGGAUAGUGCCCAAAGGUUGUGCAUAAUCCCAGAGAUACCCACGAACAACAUGAACCUAACACCGUACAAGGUGCAAAAGGUGUGCGUGGAUAAGCAUCUGGUGCCGUGCAUUAAUAUGAAGGCCUACAAUGAUUCCGAGCAGCUGAUGACCCUCAUUGAGUUCCAGAAGAACUUCUUUCCAUCGGUGCCGUUGGAUCACUGCAAGCGAUUGAUCGAGGCGCUGGGCGUGGAGCUCUACAAGGCGAAUCGGCGACAGGUGCAAAUCCUAAUGGAGUUUGAUCGGAAUUACAAUGAGAAUAUGCCGCUGGUGCAGGUGCGCGAUAUAAUCAAAUAUAUGACACAGCUGACAUUUAUGACGCGCCAAUCGGAGCAGCCGCCGGCCAAGAGGACGCGCACAAGCUAGGAAUUAAGCUGGGGAGCACAACAUUUGCCACAACAAUUAACAACAAUAAACGUAAAAUCAGCAGCAGCAGCAGCAGCAGCAGCAACACCAGCAGGAGCAACUACAGUCCAUACCAGAUCAUCAGGAUCAUUAGGAUCAGCUGGGACGGCUCCUGGUUCGCAGCGAAGACGAGCCUUGACGCCGCCAGCAAACCUUAGCGUUGAUAUACUAAGCAGACGCAGAGGGGGAGCCUUGGCCCCGCCACCGGCACCACAACAGGAUCUGGAACAGCAGAAGCAAAAGCAAAAGUCCUCACUACAUCCUUCUACACACAUAAGCAACACAUACGAAAUGUUGUACUCCCACAACCAACAACCAGCACAGCCACAGUCACAGCCACUGCACCAAGCAACAACACCAGCACACCUGCAGCAUGAGCAGCAGCGUUUGCUAAAGAAGCGCCAACAUGCAGAGCCAACGAUUACCAAGAAUGCCAAGUCGGCAGCCCAAAAGAUGGCCGAGGCCGAGCAUGCCUAUUUGUCCAAUUUGUAUGGCAAGGCGGCGGCCAGUAUGUUGAGUCCACCGCUGCCCGAUUGGGAGCAUCAGCAGCAGCUAAUGCGUCAGCAACAACAGCAGCAGCAACGGCAGC